UAGAGUUGGAAUAAAAUAAUAACAAACACGAAUAAUUGUUCAGUUUCAAGCUUUUUUUCCGAUAAAUUGGAUGUUUUUUUCAUUUUUACUUAACUGUGAAUUAAAUAUUCUUUUGGAUUAUUCAAUUGUUUAUCUAAACUUUUUGCUCACUUGAUUUAUUGAGUUGUUGAAGAGAAACAAUCAUCAGGAUGAAUAAUCAUUCCAAUGGUCAAUCAACUCCAAUGGACACGAAUGGUCUUAAUUGUAAUAGGAUUCCAACUCCAACUACUAGUGUUUUAGCUUAUUAUCUUGGAUGUAGUAAUGUUGGCAAGGAAAAUCACCUGAUCGCAGAAAAAAAUCCUCCUAAUCGUCCGUCAUUGCCUGACAAUUGUAGCGUUUUUCCGCUUAAUUUGUGUACCAAAGAUGAAUGCAAUAAUUCCAAUCAGGGUGAUUCAGAAAAUAAUGGAAUAUAUUUGGGAAAGAAGCCGAUCUCUGGACAUGUUAGUUUCAAUUCACCUCAAAAAGAGCCACAAGAUUUGAGUGUCCACUCAAGGAAUUCAAAGUCUCUCGCAAAGCCUGAAAAAAGCGAAGACGAUGAAGCAAAUGAGCCAAAUGAGCUUAAUGAACCAAUCGAACUAAAGCCAAUGAAAAGACCAAAACGUGCACUAAAUCCUGUAGUUGAUGAGAAUAAUGUACCUCGAACUCGAAGUGGACGUCGAAAUGUGUCAAACCCGAAAUCUAAUGAAGUCUCACCAAGAAAAAAUGCAUCACCAGCCUCGGGGAAUAAUCAUGUUUGUGUUUUUUGUGGAAGAGGUUUUUCAACAGUAUCUAAUUUGAAUCGUCAUCGACAAAAACAUUUCCGCCCACAUCGUCGUUGAGGCCAUAAGCGAACCUUCAAUACUAACCAAGCCAAAGAAAUUGUCGUUCUCGGUGAGGAAUAGUAGCAAUUUGGAAACUUAGCUUAUAAAAGUCAUUUAGAUUUGUCUAUUUUUUAUUAAUUUCGUGUAUCUUGUUUGUCAAAACGAUGUCGAAUGAACCAUUUAGAUUGGUCAAGCUCAUAUUAGAUUGUUGACAUUUUGAAAUAUUAAUAAAGGUAACAAUUGCCAUACUAUUGGUAAUUAAAUCUUAGCCACUUUAAUCAUUAACAAGA